CGGGAGCGCAAUCCAAUAGGCUCACCCCUAUAUAAGAAAGCAGCUGAAACUCUCAUCGCCACAAAAAAGAGAAAAAAAAAAGAGUGAGGGUAAGAGAGAGAGAGCACUUUCUUCUUCAUCUCACUUGCACACACUUCACACAUUUCUAGAGAGAGAGAGAGAGCGAUAGUCUUUUGUAGAUUUCUUUUUCUUCAAUUCCCCCCCUUCUCUGAUAAUCCCCGCUUCUUAGAUCCCUUUCUGCAAAUCAUCUGUUUUUCUAUGUAUUUCUGAUUUUUGGGUUUGUUUUGCUGUUUUGUAUUUCAUCACCAAUUUUCAAAAAUCAUGAACAAAAAACAAACUUGAAUUUCAAGAAAACCAGGUGUUUUUCCAGAACGAGAUCCCUUUAUUUUUAGGAAAAUUUAACCCAUUCAUUUUUCUUUUCUACUUCACCUAAUCUUUGCUUCUUCAAAUUUUGAGGGCUUUAUUUGUCGUUCCCUCAAAAAAGGCUGGUUUUUGUUCAGCCAAACGGAUUCCAAGGGUUGCCUAUUUUAAACCCUAAUCCAAGAAGCAAUUUUUUUUCUCUUAAAAAAUUCAAAAAUCCAAAAAAAAGUUUCUUUUCCUUUGUCAAUAUUUUCUUGAUUUUAGCAUAUCCUUGUUUCUUGAAUAUUACUAAGAAACAGGCACUUUUGCUAUAUCCCUCCCCCCUCUAUCUUCAAUUUCAAGAAAUUUGUUUUUUUUCCUUAGUAGAAUUAAUUAAUUAUCAUGGCAGCUACAAUGAAUUUUUGGAGUAGCUCAGCUGAUGUAGAUCCAUUUAUAGGUGGAGAAUUAAUGGAAGCACUUGAGCCUUUUAUGAAAAGUGCUAAUUCGUCACCAAUUUCCCCUUGUUCCAAUCUCACUUCCCCCUCUUCUUUCCCACCUUCUUCCUCCUCUUCAUUCCCUUCUUACUCGAAUGAUCAAUUCUUCUCUACCCAAACAGAGCCUUCCUCCCCCUCCAGUUUCUUCCCCUCCAAUUCCUACUAUUCCUCCUCCCAAUUCGAGCCCAGUCUCUACCAGGACCAAGCCCAGGCCCAAUAUUCCUUUGGGCUGGCCCAAAACCCACACUCCACAAUGGGGCUGGGGCUCAACCCAAUCUCCCCCGUCCAAAUCCAAGACAUCCAGGCCCAGAUAUCGUACCCGGCGGCCCAAUACCCGUACCCGCCCCCGGCCCCCCACGGCCUGGGCCCGCGGGCCGUGUGUAUGAAGCAGACGGGCUCUCCCCCGAAGCCCGCGAAGCUCUACCGCGGCGUGCGGCAGCGCCACUGGGGCAAGUGGGUGGCGGAGAUCCGCCUCCCGAAGAACCGCACCCGCCUCUGGCUGGGCACCUUCGACACCGCGGAGGAGGCGGCACUCGCCUACGACGAGGCGGCCUACAAGCUCCGCGGCGACUACGCCCGCCUCAACUUCCCCCACCUCCGCCACAGCAUCGGCGAGUACAAGCCUCUCCACGCCGCCGUCGACGCCAAGCUCAGCGCCAUAUGCCAGACCCUUGCGGAGGGCAAGAGCAUCGACGCCAAGAAGGGCGCCAAGGCCUCCAGGCCCAAGAAGGCGGCGGCCGCAGCGGUCAAAACGGCUGAGCCCGAGAGCGACGGAUCGGGCCCCGAAUCAGAGCUCGUGUUUCCGGAAUUCGAGGAGGAGGAGCAGUUCGGGUUGGAUUUCGGGUCGUUGGAGAAGUAUCCGUCUUAUGAGAUAGAUUGGUCAGCUUUGUGAUUCGGUGGAAACUUAGUCUGUAAAUUUAUGGUUUUGUAGGGGUCUGCGGUGGAAUUUUUGUCAUUUGCAGGCGGUCUUUUGUAAUUUGUUGUUAAUUACCUUUAUUUAUGUUGUUUAGUCUUUCUCUAUUAACUGGUUUAGCUGGUUUUUGCAUGGCUGAAUCGGAUUAGGGGAACUUGUUUCUUUUUUAUGUUGAAUUCUUAUUUUAGUGGUAUUUAGUUACAUCA